AAUGCACACGAAGAACGCGUCGUCGGCGCCGGAGCCCGAGAGGGCGGCGUGUGGUUCUAACAUGGAGGCGAUGACAGAGCAGGAAAAGAGCCUGCAAGAUGAGGUCGAGAAACUGCGCUCGGAAAACCUGGGCCUCAAGACAGAGAUCGAGGAGAUGCGAAACGAAAUGGACGAAAUGAGGGAUAGUUUCUACGAGGAGGACGCCUGUCAGCUGCAGGACCUCCGGCGGGAGCUCGAGCGCGCCAACAAGAACUGCCGGAUCCUGCAGUACCGCCUGCGAAAGACAGAGAGGAAAAGGAUGCGAUUCGCCCAAACCGGCGAGAUGGACAAUGAGCUACUGAGAAGUCUCGAGCAGGACCUCAAGGUUGCCAAAGACGUGUCUGUCAGACUGCACCAUGAAUUGGAAAACGUGGAAGAAAAACGCACCAAAACAGAGGAGGAAAAUGAAACCUUACGUCAGCAGUUGAUAGAAGCUGAGAUCACCAAACAAGCUUUACAGAAUGAACUGGACAAGAUAAAAGAGUCUGCAUUAAAGCGACGAGGAAGUAAAGACUUACAAAAAUCUGAAAAGAAAUCCCAACAGAUCACUCAUGAGGACAACGAUGACAUAAAAUGCCAGCUACAGUUUGUCAAAGAAGAAGCAAUUUUAAUGCGUAAGAAAAUGGCAAAAAUUGACAAAGAAAAGGAUAGACUUGAAUGUGAGCUGCAAAAGUACAGAUCCUUUUAUGGGGAUCUGGACAGUCCUUUGCCAAAAGGUGAAGCAGGAGGGCCUCCUACAACCAGAGAAGCUGAACUAAAACUUCGUCUCCGACUGGUGGAAGAAGAAGCCAAUAUCCUAGGGAGAAAGAUUGUUGAACUUGAGGUUGAAAACAGAGGAUUGAAGGCAGAGUUAGAUGAUAUAAGGGGCCACUAUGAAAAAGAAGGAGCAAGUGGUGAAGAUUAUAUUGGUGUUGGUGCUUCAUCUUUUCGGGAUCAAAGUGAAGCUGUGUCAGAACUAAGACAGAACCUGCAGCUUGUUGAAGAUGAAGCUGAAUUGCUGAGACGAAAUCUGGCUGACUUGGAAGACCAAAAUAAACGACUUUCCGCUGAAGUCAGUAAAUACAAGUAUAAAACAGGAAACAUGCAGGAUGCUUCCCGGAAUAGUGAUAAUUCCAAAGUUACAGAAGUCCUUCAAGAAGAACUAAAGGCAGCCAGGAUGCAAAUUAAUGAACUCAGUGGCAAAGUCAUGCAACUACAGUAUGAAAAUCGUGUUCUGAUGUCCAAUAUGCAGCGCUAUGACCUGGCUUCCCAUUUGGGCAUCCGUGGCAGCCCCCGAGAUAGUGAUGCAGAAAGUGACGCAGGAAAAAAAGAAAGUGAUGAUGAUUCUCGGCCUCCUCAUAGGAAAAGAGAAGGUCCCAUUGGUGGAGAAAGUGACUCAGAAGAAGUUCGCAAUAUCAGGUGCCUACAGACUCCGCCAAGGUCUUUAUUUUCUACAGAUGGCAGAUUGCUUCAAAAAAGCCUCAAGGACAGACAACAGAUGUCAGAUAUACGGCUGGAGGCAGAGCGACUGAGUAGAACUAUAGAUCGAUUGAUUACAGACACAAGCACAAUUAUAACUGAAGCAAGAAUUUAUGUAGCAAAUGGUGACCUAUUUGGCAGAUUGGAGGAAGAAGAUGACAGCAGCAGGAUCAGAGAACACGAACUUCUCUACAGAAUCAAUGCUCAGAUGAAAGCAUUUAGGAAGGAGCUGCAGACCUUCAUAGACAGACUAGAGGUUCCAAAAACAACAGAUGAAAAAAAUACAGAGGAACCUUUGUCUGUCAGUCAGAAUCUCCAUCUACUUGAGUAUACCACCUUUUUAGUUUGUUUAUUUAUUUUAAUAUCUCAUCAAGAAUUCUGCAAACACAAAAUAACACACAUAGCGUUCGAGACAUUACGGGAUUACCAUAUGCAAAGCUUUCAGCUCCCCGGAGCCAGGGCGGGUUCCACUCCGUUUCUGGCUGAAGGGCGCAGGGUAGAAGAAGGAGCGGAGGUGGGGGGUGGAGAGAGAAAAGCAUCUUCACUGCUGGCUAGAAUGCCGGCAGAGUGGGAUGUGGUUGAACGCCUUGCAGAGGUUUCUGGCGGAGGCUGUGCGAGCGAAGUUCAGAGCUGGAGCAGUGCAGGGAGUCCGGGGAGAAAGGCCAGAGGCAGCGAGAGGAGCCACGCUCCGCUCCGAAACAUGUCAACUUCAGGCGGCUCUGAGGAGCCGGGACAACGGGGAGCUGUGCAAACGAUCGACUGCGAAACGCACCCUGAUAGAUACGAGCUCCAGUAUCAGCUCUUCCGACUACGGAAGAAAUUCGAGGAAGCUAAGAAACGGUAUAGACAAGAGAAAGAAGUCUGGCUGAAAGAAAAGGAGAUGCUAUUAAGGGAACUCGCCGAGAUCCAAGCUGGUGAAAACAGAAGAAUUUUGUUUGAUCUUAGGUCUCUUUUGGAAGGUGUUCAGCUUAAGGUUAAAGAAGAGGAAGAUCAAAGGGCAGAACUGCAGCAUCAGUAUUCAAGUGACAAAUAUGCUUGGGACCUGGAGAGAGCAGAACUGAAGUGUCGUAUUGAACAGCUGGAAGUAAAGGCAGAAAAACAGGACGUGGAGAAAACAUCUCAAGAAACAAGAGAAGUAUUUGGAUCAGAAAGGAAAGAACAGAAGCAGCUGUUGGCGAAUAUCCACUCAGCAGCCAUGGACCUGAGGAAACAGCUGGAGACCAGUGAGAGAAACUGGAGCAAGGAGAAGAUGGAGUUACUUGAACAAUUUGAUCAUGAAAGAAAGCAAUGGGAAAGUCAACUAAAGGAUAUGCAGAGGAAGAUAGAGCAGAUUUAUUGGGACGUCAAAUCAAGUCAAGAGUGUAAAUUGAAUGAACAGAAACCUGAGCAGAGACAAAGAAACUUCAGAAGAGAUGAUUGUGCAUUGUUUAAUUUACACGAAUGCAGUCAGCCAUAUGAUGAAAAAGACCAACAUUAUACAAACGGUGCAAAGGCCCAUGGUGCAGAAAUGGAAGCUAUUACUUUGCAUGAUACAGAUCAAGCCGUAGAAAAGAGUGGAAGUGAUCUACUGUUUAUUGAGGAAUUAUCACUUGAACAUUUAGAGGACGGUGGUAGCAUUGAAAAUUUUGGAAGUAACCAGAAUGAUAACAAUAAAUUCUCCAAUGUUUUGAAUGCAGCUUUACAAGAAUUGGCCAAAGUAAGUGAAGAGCUGUGCAGUUACCAAGAGGACGUCAAGAAAAAAGUGAGCCAUGAAAGAGUAAAAUCAGUUUCACAUCUGCAAGAAAGUAAAGAGAAGCAAAAUGAAAAUACACUUGUGAGAAAUGAAACCUCUUCAGGAGACAAUAGCUGCACAUCAAAUGAUAUAUUUAAGGCAUUAAGCCCUACACUUUCAGAAUUCAAAAAAUGUUCUGGAAAGCUCCAUAAUGAGAAAAACUGGAAUCACUCCAAGAAGAAUGAGCAUGGAGUUUUUCCUGGACUUUCAAGAGGAGAUGACAUAAAAGGUGUAUCUUUCUCAAGCAAAAGAGCUCCACCAGUUCCACCAAGGACAUCCUCUUGGUACCUUGCAAGUUUAAUGUUUCCACUGGAUCUUGACGAUUUGGUGAAGGAAGGUACCGGUAAUUACACAAUACAAAAUCGUAUUGCAGAAAAGAGUUGCAGUAGCCCUUGUGUUAUGAAAACAUUUGAAGCCCCGUUGCAGGAAAGUCAACAGAAAUCUUUCACAGAUGGAAGACCUUUCAAGACUUUGGCACCACAAAUUCAAUGUGAUAAGAGAUCUGAAAACAAUAAGAACAAUAAAUAUAGCAGGUGGUCAUGUGAUGUAACUAAGUUUGGUUUUGGAUCUGGAAACAAGUGCUUUGGUUCAGCAGUAAAGACAUUUGCUUCAGAUAAAAAUGUUUUACCAUCUCAGGAGCAGAGCCUGGGUGAAAACUUCACCGUUGGACUUAGGCCAGCAAAACCUCAAUCACCCAAAUAUAGUCUGUCAGACUGUAACUUUUCAUGCUGUACAUCAACAACAGGGGUUUGCAGUACCAGUAGUGUGUUUGUGCAGUCCACAAUCGGUGUACCUUCAAAACAACCUGAUAACUUCAGCAAAACAGCUUUAAACAAUGAACGCUGCGGUCCUGUUGUUUCUGGAAGAUUUGAGGAAUUAGCACAGAAUGAGACAACUGCCUACCCAGGAUCCAGCUUUGCACUUCAGUCUACAGGGAGCAUCCAUGCCACCAAACAAUUUUCUUUAAAGUAUACUGGUUCAGCUUUUAGACCUUACAACUCACAUUACGUCAACAACACAAAGAUAGUAGGACCAGACAAGCAUAGCAGUGGAAUUUCUGGUUGGAUUACUGAUAAGGACAAGGGCCACUUGUUUGACAAGGUUGACAUGAUUCCUAAACAUCUUUCCAGUCCAACAUCACCAUGUGCAAGGUCCAAUGUUGAUAUUGUCCAAACAGUGUUGAGAAACAGUGAAAGCUCAGCAAGUCCUUCCUCUCAUGUGAAGAAAAAUAUUGCCAAUCUUACUGAUGGCAGAACAAAGCAACAGGCAUCUCUAUCAGAACCUUCGCAUGAUAAUCCAAAUAAGAUCAGCCACCUUUUUCAAAUGUUUCACCUAGAUCAAGAAAAACAAGAGGGAAGAAAGAAAUCAGGACAAUCCCAAUGUGUUGCAGGCCAACAGACAUCAUUACCCGUGAUCUUGCCACCUGAGACAAUGAGAUUGAAUGGAAUGAGCUUUUCACGUCCUGCAAGACCACAGAACCGCCGUCUACCAUCACGAUGGGCAAGAAAACCUCUAUCUGCAGCAGCUGUAUGUAAUCGAGCUCCACAGAAACGAAGUCAAAGUUUCUUAUUUGAGAUAAAAACUUCAAUCAUAUAGCAUUUUAAAGUGCACAGUGCAGGUCAGCAAGUGCAGUCUUUGCAUACUGACUUUCUUAAACGCUACUACAUUUUAAUCCUCUGUAACAUUAUAUAGCAAGCAUCCCUCUCCUGUUAUCAACAUGGAUCAGAAGGAAAAGUUUGUUAAAAUUAUAAUUGGUAGUCUCCAGUACCUAUAUUGACUUUGAAUCUACACAUUUUGCAUAUGCAUUACAAGUAAAUUACCAUUAAAAAUUUAUUAUUUUGUUAUGUAUAUAUUAGUUAAUGUGAAUGUUUAUUUUACAAUGUUUAUGUAUAAUUCUGUAUUUUGUUGUAAACUUGUAUAUCAGCUCUAUUCUAUGAAGAGCAGAAAACUCAAUUAUUUGCAUGCUAAUGUGUUUGUAUAUGCAUGUGUAGUUGAAACUUGCAGCCAUGUUUUGGGUACUUAGGUAACACACAACAUCUAUAUUACCUGUUUAUGGUCAGGAGCAAGUUUCCUUCCAAGUAAGUCUUUUUUUGCAAUUAUCUGGUGGAAGUAUAAAAGAGAGCGGCCUCAUUAUUUCACUUUCAAUGUGUCUUCUCAUUAUUAUUCAUUUAAGGCACUUUGAAGAACAAAAUGUUGUACUUAGUUAAGCUUAUUCUCAAAUGUAAAAAAAAAGCAAAUGUACAAUAUUCAAAUAAAACUGACUGUUCGGGUAUUUCAGACUUUA